AACAAAAAGUGAGUAGAAAUAAACAACCAACAGUCAGUGUGAUGUCAUUACUACAUACAUGUGAUGUCUUCAUGAUCAUAGCGUGUACUGUACUCUGCUCAUGUUCGUUUUCUCUCUUUAGAUGGAACAUCCUACGUUUAGGAGAGCCCUUAACGGGACCCUCCUUUUAAAAGCCUCCCCUGCGGCUCUAGCUCUUGGCCCCCGGCAGCCUGCUGGGGGCCAAGCCAGGGCAAAGACGCCCGAGGAGGUGGAUGCGGAGGCCUGGGCCCACGUCGCCUCCGAGGGUGGCGACACAAGCAACGCCACCCUCGUCCUGAGCCGGUGGAAGGUCCAGUUCGGGCGCUACCUGGGGAAGCCCUUCCACUGGCUCCUGGAGAACGACGUGGGCUACAGUGUGAAUCUGGUCGCCUCCCACCAGAAGGAGCGAGAGAGGACGGGGUCUCAGUCCCCACUCAUGGCCAACAAGGACGCCUUCACCCGUUACUCCUCAGCGUACCCUGACUUUGCGGAGGCAGUCAGGUUCCACCGUGCGUUUGAGGAGUCGCGGGUGAGGUCCCUCCAGCCGGGUCAGGAGGGACAGGCGCUUGUUGGCUUUGGGGACUUCAAAUUUGAGACCCUGCAGAGCCUGUACGAGUCUGAGGACUCCCAAAAGAUCCGAUUUGUCAACUACCUCCGGAGGAAGGCGCCAGCUCCCGGCACGCAGAUGGAGAACGCCGUUCGCUACAUCAAGUCCAGAGACAGGCAGAGAGCUGCCGCUGCUUCCGCCACCAGCACCACCACCACAGCUGUUGCAUCCGCCACCACCACCAGCGUGUUUUAG